AUGGAAGUUAAAAUCCUGCACAGGAACCCAGAGGAAUACAGAAACAACCCGGGGGCCUCGACGUACAAGCAUAGCAGAAACGUCGACCCUAACAUUCACCUCUUCCAAAGAGAAAUAGAAUAUAAGAGGGCCCUAAAUGCAACGAAAAUAGAUAAAAUAUUUGCAAAGCCAUUAGUGAAGUGUUUGGAUGGACACGACGAUUCAGUCCGAGCACUCUGCGUAUCAAAUAAAUCUCUAACAGAUUUGUACAGCGGGAGUUGUAAUGGCUUCAUUAACAUUUGGAAUGUACUGAAUAAAACAUUAAUUAGAAAAGUGAAGGCCCAUGAAGGAUUUGUGAGGGGGCUGUGCGUCAGUCAUGACGAGAAAUUCCUCUUCAGUUGUGGUGACGACAAGUACAUUAAGCAGUGGGUUAUCGAUAAGAGCAGCGGGUUGAGCGAGCUGGGCGGGCAGGAUGAUGCCAACAGCCUAGCCGCUUCUCACCAUGCAGGUGGACAGGGAGCACUUGUGGCAAGCCAAAAUAUGCAAAACCUGAGCCACCUGUCCGACGAAGUGACUCCAAAAAAAAUCUAUGUUUGCAAAAGCGUGCCUAACAGCAUCGACAAACAUUUCUCAGAGCCCCUGAUCAUAUCAGGAAGCCAACACCUAGAUGUAUGGGAUUACUACAGGAACAAUGCAAUAGCAAGUUUCGAUUACAACAGUGAGUAUAUAUAUUACGUGAAGUUCAAUUAUGCACAGAGAAACUUAGUUGGGUUAACCCUGUCGGAUAACUCUAUAGGGUUAGCUGACAUACGAACCAAGACGCCCAUCAAGAAGAUUUUUUUAAAAUACAGAUGCAAUUCUCUAAGUUGGAAUAAUAUGAACCCUAAACAGUUUGUCGUAGCGAAUGAGGACUCUAACCUUUACACCUUUGACAUGAGGCACUUAAAAACUGCUACUCUUGUGCACAAAGGAUUUGUAAAUGCGGUGUUGGAUGUAGAUUACUCUCCCAUUGGAGACAAAUUUGUUGCUUGUUCGUAUGACAAAACAGUUAGAUUAUUCAAUAGCGAUGAAUCAAGCAGCUAUGACGUCUACCACACAAAGAGAAUGCAACAUGUCCUGUGCUGUAAGUUUAGCUUAGACACCAAGUACGUGUACACUGGAAGCUCAGACAUGUGUAUUCGCAUUUGGAAAUCCUGUGCCCAUGAGCCAUCGGGUAUUUUGUCCAACAAGGAAAAACAGGCCAUAAACUACCGAAACAAACUGAAGGAGAAAUAUUCAUCUCUGAAGGAAAUUAGACGCAUCAGGAAUCAUCACCAUGUGCCUGCGCUCAUCAAAAGCAUGUCCGACAAAAAGAAGGUGAUGCUGGAGGCCAAGAAGAGGCGCGAGAAUAACAGAGUCAAGCACUCAAAGGACCCAGAUCAGCUUCCCAUUCCGGAGAAGAAGAAAAUAUUCGUGACAGAGCAGUAG